UGACGGCUUUGCCUCUCCGGCCCAUAAACAAAUCCUCUUCUAAUACCCUGCCCGAUUCAAAAACCCUAGUUUCACUGACUUCUUCUUCUUCUACGGUGUAUGCUGCUACUGGAAACUUUUGUAUCUAUAAAGCGAAAAUAACUAGCAAAAAAUGGGGGGGAAGAGAAGGAAGAGCGAAAGCGAGGCUAUGGAAGAAUAUGGCAGCGAUGUAGAGUUGGACAAAAAGGAGGAAAAGAAGAAGAUGGAGAAGGGGAAAGGGAGAGAAAUACUCCCGUCAAUGAUAAAGAACAAGGAGAAGAGAUCUGCUGUACACGCCAAACUCAAGCAUGAAAAGAAAGUCGAGAAACGCAAGAAGCUUAAAGCCCGAGACGCCGAAGAGAAGCGAGCUCUCGAGCUCGGUGAGGAGCCUCCUCCAAGGAAGAUUCCACGCACCAUUGAAAAUACUAGAGAGAAUGACGAGACUGUAUGCAAGCCUGACGACGAGGAGCUAUUCGCUGGCAAUGAUGCUGACGAAUUUAGCUCCAUCUUAAAACGUGAACGGACUCCGAAGAUAUUGAUCACCACUUCCCGUUUUAACUCUACUAGGGGACCGGCUUUUAUAUCAGAACUGCUCCAGGUGAUCCCAAAUGCACAUUAUUACAAGAGAGGAACUUACGACUUGAAAAAGAUUGUAGAAUAUGCAAAGAAGCAGGAUUUUACUUCUCUUAUAGUUGUUCACACCAACCGCAGGGAACCAGAUGCUCUCUUGAUCAUUGGCUUGCCUGAUGGCCCUACUGCCCAUUUCAAACUCUCACGGCUUGUUCUACGCAAGGAUAUCAAGAAUCAUGGAAAUCCCACCAGUCAUGAGCCCGAGCUGGUCUUGACUAACUUUACAACUCGUCUGGGACAUCGUGCAGGGAGAAUAAUACAGUCACUUUUCCCGCAAGAACCGAAUUUCCGGGGUCGAAGAGUUGUAACCUUUCACAAUCAACGUGAUUAUAUAUUCUUCCGGCAUCACCGUUACAUCUUUGAAACCAAAGAGAGUAAAAAGAGUGAUUCAAAAGGUAAAAAAGAUAAAGAUGGCAAGGAUGGGAAGAUCUCUCAACAGAAAGUGAUUGCACGCCUUCAGGAGUGUGGUCCUAGAUUUACACUGAAGUUGAGAAGUCUUCAACAUGGAACAUUUGAUACCAAAGGUGGUGAAUAUGAAUGGGUUCACAAGCCGGAAAUGGACACCAGCCGGAGGAGGUUUUUCUUGUGAGUUGCAUCAGAUCGUUCCAGUUUAUUUGUCUAGGUGUAUAAGCAGAUUUUCUUGCAUUCCGGGCUGGUACCUGAACAGCUGAUGUUAAAAUCCUGAUCAAAUUUGUAAUGUGUGAUUUAAAAAGAGAAACAUGAAAAUUGUGAUAAGUUUUGCCCAAUUGUUUAUUCAAUUAUGGAAUACUUGAAGAUUAUAUGAAUAUAUUUAUCAUUUGAUUAGAACACCCA